AAUCCUAAAAUCGAAGAGAGCCUUCCUUUCCUUCCUUCCUCUUUUUACAAUUUUUUUUUCCUCUGCCGCCACAGUUCACACACACAUACAGAAAAGCCGCCUCCACCCUCCCCUCCACCCCCGUCGCUCUCCGCCUAGGGUUUCUAGGGUUCUUCUCGGGGCUCCGACUCGCCCCGCCCUGCUCCCCGGGGGCUUCUCCGAGCUGGAUUUUCUCUCCUACCUCUUGCGCAUCUCCAUGCGCCGCUGGUUUAGCGGCUUCGUCGAUUAGCUCCCCCCCCCCCCCCCCCCCCCCCCUGCCGAUCCCCCGCUCUCGGCCCCUCCCCUCUCUGCUUUCGCUGCUCAUGAUUUCUCCAUCCGUGCAAACUCUCACACGAGCUGGCAGCUGAGACUGCUGAUUUAGCUGUCCGCUUGGUAUCGGUGCUUUGGUCUCUCUCUGGGAAUCGUUCCUUGGAGUGGGUUUGGCGGGGAAUUGGAUGGCAUUAGGCGAUUUGAUGGCGUCCAGGUUCUCGCAGUCCUCUCUGGUGGCGUUCGGGUCUAACCACAUCGACCGCUAUGAUGCGUUCGCUUCCUCCAGCAAUAGCAAUGAAGACAGUGAUUUGGUCCCCCACAGGAGGGAUUCUGAGGUCGCGAGCAAUAGCUAUGCAAAUGGUGGAGCUCACGCCACCACCAGCAUGGCCUACUUGCCGCAGAAUGCUGUGCUCUGCGAUCUACGGCACGAGGCCUUUGAGGCUUGUGUGCCCUGUGGUCCCUCCGACAGCGGUCUCGUUUCAAAAUGGCGGCCUAAGGACCGGAUGAAAACAGGAUGUGUAGCUAUAGUUUUGUGUUUAAACAUAAGCGUUGACCCACCUGAUGUAAUUAAGAUCUCUCCCUGUGCCAGAAUGGAGUGCUGGAUAGAUCCAUUUUCUAUGGCACCUCGAAAAGCUAUCGAAACAAUUGGAGAAGCCUUGAAGAGACAGUAUGAAAGGUGGCAACCCAAGGCUUGCUAUAAGGAUAAACUCGAUCCUACUGUAGAUGAAGUGAAGAAGCUUUGUACAGCAUGUCGCAAAUAUGCUAAGUCUGAGCGGGUUCUUUUUCAUUAUAAUGGACAUGGUGUACCAAAGCCGACUGCCAAUGGUGAAAUCUGGGUGUUCAAUAAGAGCUAUACGCAAUAUAUUCCCUUGCCUAUCAGUGACCUUGAUUCUUGGUUGAAGACACCAUCUAUAUAUGUGUUUGACUGCUCUGCUGCUGGGUUGAUUGUUAAUGCCUUCAGUGAGCUUCAUGACUUAGGCUCUUCUAGCUCCGUUGGAUCUGCAAGAGAUUGCAUUCUUCUUGCAGCUUGUGAAGCACAUGAGACUCUUCCACAAAGUGCAGAAUUUCCUGCUGAUAUAUUUACUUCAUGCCUCACUACACCAAUUAAGAUGGCUUUAAGAUGGUUUUGUGCUCGGUCAUUACUCCGCGAAUCUCUUGAUUAUUCACUUAUAGAUAAAAUUCCUGGUCGUCCAAAUGAUCGGAAGACACUUCUGGGCGAAUUGAACUGGAUAUUUACUGCAGUAACAGACACAAUUGCCUGGAAUGUUUUACCUCAUGAUCUGUUUCGGAGAUUGUUCAGACAAGAUCUAUUAGUUGCCAGUCUGUUUCGGAAUUUUUUACUCGCUGAGAGGAUCAUGCGGUCAGCAAAUUGUUCCCCAAUUUCUCAUCCCAUGUUGCCUCCAACCCAUCAGCACCAUAUGUGGGAUGCCUGGGACAUGGCUGCUGAAAUCUGCCUCUCUCAGCUCCCAGCUUUGAUUGAGGAUCCUACAGCAGAAUUUCAGCCAAGCCCCUUCUUUACGGAACAACUAACAGCUUUUGAGGUGUGGCUUGAUCAUGGAAAUGAGCAGAAGAAACCACCAGAGCAGUUACCUAUAGUUCUUCAGGUUCUGCUCAGUCAAAGCCAUCGAUUUCGAGCACUUGUUCUGCUUGGAAGAUUUCUAGACAUGGGAUCCUGGGCUGUGGAUCUGGCCUUGUCUGUUGGAAUAUUUCCUUAUGUUCUUAAGCUGUUGCAAACAACGACACCUGAACUUCGGCAGAUUCUGGUAUUCAUAUGGACCAAAAUUCUUGCACUUGACAAGUCAUGUCAGGUGGAUUUGGUAAAGGAUGGGGGACACACAUACUUCAUCAGGUUUCUUGAUAGCAUUGAAGCAUUCCCAGAGCAGCGUGCAAUGGCUGCAUUUGUUUUGGCGGUCAUUGUUGAUGGCCACAGGAGGGGUCAAGAAGCCUGUAUUGAAGCUGGUCUGAUCCACGUCUGUUUGAGGCACCUACAGAGUUCAAAUCCAAAUGAUGUGCAAACCGAGCCUUUAUUUCUUCAGUGGCUUUGUCUCUGUCUGGGAAAGGUUUGGGAGGAUUUUACAGAGGCUCAAAUGAUUGGUUUGCAGGCUGAUGCCCCUGCCAUAUUUGGCCCUCUAUUGUCUGAGCCCCAGCCCGAGGUAAGGGCUGCUUCUGUUUUUGCACUGGGUACGCUGCUUGAUGUUGGCUUUGACUCGAGCAGAGAUGGUGGUGGAGGAGAUGAUGAAUAUGAUGACGAUGAAAAGAUUAGGACUGAAAUUAGCAUUGUUAGAAACCUUCUAAAUGUCGUAUCAGAUGGCAGCCCACUGGUGAGGGCAGAGGUUGCUGUGGCUCUUGCACGGUUUGCUUUUGGCCACAACAAGCACCUUAAAGCAGUUGCUGCUUCAUACUGGAAGCCGCACUCUAGUUUGCUGACAUCUUUGCCUUCACUUGCUCAAAUUAAAGCCCCAAGUAGUGGUUAUACCACGCCUGGGAGUAUUGUGGGACCAUUGCUACGGGUAGGUGCUGACAACUCAUCAGUGCGAGAUGGAAGGAUCUCCUCUAGCAGCCCUCUGGCAUCUUCUGGAAUUAUGCAUGGAUCUCCAUUGUCUGAUGAUUCAUCUCAACAUUCUGAUUCUGCAACGGUUAAUGAUGGCAUGAGCAAUGGUGUCACCAAUAAUUGCAGGCCAAAACCACUAGAUAGUACUAUGUACUCCCAUUGUGUAGCAGCUAUGUGUACUUUAGCUAAAGAUCCUUCGCCACGUGUUGCAAACCUGGGUAGGCGGGUACUUGCUAUUAUCGGAAUUGAACAAGUCGUGACUAAACCUUUGAAAGCUGGCUCUAUCAUACGGCCAGCCGAACCUGCAAAGGGAACUGCCCUUGCUGGACUGGCUCGUUCAUCUUCAUGGUUUGAGAUGCAUGCAUCAGGUCAUUUGCCAUUGACAUUUAGGACGCCUCCAGUUAGUCCUCCUCGACAAAGUUACUUGUCUGGAAUGCGAAGAGUUUGCUCUUUGGAGUUCAGGCCCUACCUUAUGAGUUCUCCAGAUUCUGGUCUGGCCGAUCCACUUUUGGGUUCAGGGGGAACAGAACGCAGUUUUCUUCCACAAUCAAUUAUCUAUAACUGGAGCUGUGGCCACUUCUCCAAGCCAGUUCUUGGUGGAGCGGAUGAUGGUGAUGAGCUGCAGAUUAGAAGAGAAGAGAGGGAGAAAUAUGCACUGGACCACAUAGCAAAAUGCCAGCACUCAUCUGUAAGCAAGCUCAACUAUCAAAUUGCUAGCUGGGAUACCAAAUUUGAAACAGGCACCAAAACAGCAUUGAUGCAGCCUUUCUCUCCAAUUGUGAUUGCUGCAGAUGAAAAUGAGCGGAUCAGGGUCUGGAACUAUGAAGAAGCCACACCUCUGAAUGGCUUUGAUAAUCAUGAUUUUCCAGAUAAAGGAAUUUCUAAUCUCUGCCUUAUCAAUGAGCUUGAUGAGAGCUUGCUCCUUGUUGCAUCAUGUGAUGGGAAUAUCCGAAUUUGGAGAGAUUAUACUAUUAGAGGCCAACAAAAACUUGUCACAGCAUUCUCAUCUAUCCAGGGACAUAAGCCUGGUGUGCGGAGUUUGAAUACUGUGGUGGACUGGCAACAACAGUCAGGCUAUUUGUAUGCUUCUGAUGAGAUAUCUUCCAUCAUGGUCUGGGAUCUUGAUAAGGAGAUGUUGGUUCAUUCUAUUGCAUCUGGCUCAGAUUGCAGUGUUUCUGCCCUGUCUGCUUCCCAAGUCCAUGGAGGUCUGCAUGCCGCUGGUUUUUCAGAUGGUUCUGUUAGACUGUAUGAUGUCCGAACACCUGAAAUGCUUGUCUGUUCAAUGUGGCCUCACAAGAAAAAGGAGAAGGUUGUCGGUAUUGGCUUUCAACCUGGACUAGAUCCGGCUAAGGUCGUCAGUGCUACACAAGCCGGAGACAUUCAGUUCCUCGAUAUAAGAAAUAACAUGGGCACUUAUCUAACAAUUGAUGCCCACCGGGGAUCUCUCACUGCCCUAGCCAUCCACCGGCAUGCACCCAUUAUAGCCAGCGGGUCAGCGAAGCAGCUCAUCAAAGUUUUCAGCCUCGAGGGCAAACAGCUCAGCACAAUUCGCUACACCCCGACUUUCAUGGCCCACAAGAUUGGUUCCGUCAGCUGCCUCACGUUCCACCCCUACCAGCUGCUCCUUGCUGCUGGAUCUGCAGAUCCAUUUGUGUCUAUAUACACCGACGAAAAUUCGGAGGCAUGAUACGACUGGUAACCAGGUUCCUUUCAUUAUUUCGAUAUCUUUGGGAGCCUCUCUUUCACUAGAGAGCAUCACAAUUGUGUGCUCAAGCAUUCACCAAAGAAGGUUGUAGAUCCUCUGCUCCGUCUCUGGCACACGCAAGCAUUUCUCCUCACUGAUCAGGGUCCUGAUCCAUCUCUCUCAAGAUGCGUGGGAUAUUACUGGGUUUGGAUGUCAUAUUGUGGGAAGUAUUCAUUAGCCUCCUCUAGCCAUAGAAGGGCUUCCGAGAUCUGUCAAUAUUUAUGCACCUUUACCGGGGGCUGUGGCAAAUAAUCUGUUAUACAGGUAAAUGCUUGUAAAUAGUUUUUUUUUUCCCCUUGUUUAUUAUUAUUAUUAUUAUUAUUAUUUUCGCCCUUUCUUUCGUGUGUUAAUUGUUUCCUCCCUCAUCCCUUUGUGCAAAAUAUGUAAAAGCGAAAUGGUGUCCAUCAUAAUUAUUGAUUAUUCUAAAAAAUCAGAUGUUUACUGU